CAGUAACCCGGAAGCUGACGCUAGUCGCGAGCUGUUCCAUCGGUGGAGUAAAGAUGGCUGACCAAGGCGCCGCAGAUCCUGGUAAUAACAACAAUAAACCCGACGCCGCGGAGGGAACCAUCAUUAAGGUCACGGUCAAGACCCCAAAGGACAAAGAAGAAAUCGCCAUCGCUGAGGAUUCGUCCGUCACGCAGUUUAAGGAAGAAAUCUCCAGGCGGUUCAAAGCCAAACAAGACCAGCUGGUUCUGAUCUUCGCCGGCAAGAUCCUGAAGGACGGCGACAGUCUCAGCCAGCACGGCAUCAAGGACGGCCUGACGGUUCACCUGGUCAUAAAGACAGCGCAAAAAGCAUCAGAUGGAGGCAGCACGUCGGCGUCCAGCUCAUCCUCCACCCAGACAGGAGGCACCAGCACCUCCGGUCCAGGAACCGCCCCGCCAUCCACAGCCGGGUCCUCCCCCGGCUCCGCCCCGCCUCCCACACAGACGCCCAACCUUUUGAGCGGCUUCGGAGACCUCUCCAACCUGGCAGGUCUGGGCAUGGGCUCGGCCAACUUCAUGGAGCUGCAGCAGCAGAUGCAGCGGCAGCUCAUGUCCAACCCCGAGAUGCUCUCGCAGAUUAUGGAGAACCCGCUGGUGCAGAGCAUGAUGUCCAACCCGGACCUCAUGAGGCAGAUGAUCAUGGCCAACCCUCAGAUGCAGCAGCUGAUGGAGCGCAACCCGGAGAUCUCGCACAUGCUCAACAACCCGGAGCUCAUGCGACAGACCAUGGAGCUCGCCCGCAACCCGGCCAUGAUGCAGGAAAUGAUGCGCAAUCAGGACCGUGCGCUCAGCAACUUAGAGAGCAUCCCAGGGGGCUACAACGCCUUACGCAGGAUGUACACAGACAUCCAGGAGCCCAUGUUCAGCGCUGCGAGAGAGCAGUUUGGUAACAACCCCUUCUCGGCUCUAAGCGGCGGCUCCGAGUCGGGCGCUCAGCCGUCGCGGACAGAGAACCGGGAACCCCUCCCCAAUCCCUGGGGUCCGCCUAACUCCUCGAACCCCUCGGAGAGCGGAGGGGGCGCUCCGGGAAGCACGAGCGCCCCCGGGGGCACCAACCCCACCGUGUCCAACCCUCUGGGCGUCAACCCUGGCAAUCUAGGAAAUGGAAUGUUCAACAGUCCCGGCAUGCAGAGCCUCCUGCAGCAGAUCUCAGAAAACCCUCAGCUGAUGCAGAACAUGUUGUCUGCUCCCUACAUGCGCAGCAUGAUGCAGUCGCUCGCCCAGAACCCCGAGCUGGCCUCCCAGGUUAUGACAAAUAACCCCUUGUUCGCUGGAAACCCACAGCUGCAGGAACAAUUCCGAGCUCAGCUGCCCGUCUUUCUGCAGCAGAUGCAAAACCCGGAGGCGCUGUCGGUCAUGUCCAACCCCCGGGCCAUGCAGGCCCUCAUGCAGAUCCAACAAGGCCUUCAGACGCUGCAAACCGAAGCACCAGGCCUCAUGCCCAGUUUGAUGUCCGGUGGUAUUCCCGGAAUCCCCACAGGGGCGAGCGUGCCCCCGGAGACCCCCGCAUCCCCGCCCAGCAGCACCGCCACGCCGCCAAACGCCGCUCAGCAGCAGCUGAUGCAACAGAUGCUCCAAAUGUUUGCCGGAGCAGGAGGCGGCGGCGGAGGAGGCGGCGGCGGCAGCGUAGCGAACCAGACCCCAGAGGUGCGCUUCCAGUCCCAGCUGGACCAGCUGAACGCCAUGGGCUUCAUCAACCGCGAGGCCAACCUGCAGGCCCUCAUCGCCACCGGGGGAGACAUCAACGCCGCCAUCGAGAGACUGUUGGGCUCCCAGCCCUCGUAAAAGACACACACUCGCACACACGGCACAAAAUGGCGCCCUGACACAUUCAUACACACACACACACACACACACACCAUGCCGCAAAAAUAACUUUACAAAGACACUUGGCAAGACAAACACACCUCCAUUUUGCUUUUCUACCCCCCUUCCCUCUCCCCCUUGCGAUGUUGCCCUCCCCUUUUUUGGCGUCAUUGGCGGUCCAGACACGGGGGACACGCGUUCAAACGUUUUCCCGCGUUUGUCGCCUUGUUUGCGGCAAAGCGUGCAAUGCGAUUGGCUGCGUCGGACUCCAGCAGAGGACGACUUUUGCUAGCAUUUAUCCAACAUCAACAUGCGGCACCAAUGUCUCGCUUGUCCGUGCGACAACCCCCGCCCGCCCCCCCUCGUCCUUUCACAACCUCCAAACUACAGCUAAGUGCUUUAGCGAUGACGCCCCCCUCCCACGCGUGUUAGUCAUUCCAGGUGAAAAGCGCCCGCUCGUGGGUGUGCAGUGUCUUUGUGUGUCCGAGGCACCGCUGCUGUGCCUUGUGUCCCCGUCCCCCACCCCAUCCAAAUCCCUGUCCUGAAACUACAGCAUCUACACAAUUCAAUGCGAGACCUCCAUGUGUGCGUAUGUGAGCGGGGAGGGGGGGGCGGGGGCACCUGUUAAAUCCACGCAUCCGCACGCCGGAAUUUCGACUUUACCGGGCAGCAGCUCAGACGCAGAGGGCGCCGUCACCAAUAUGAAUGAGGCAAACGGCUUAUCUUUCCUUUUAAUCGAAUGAUUUACUUCUUUCUUUUAUUCACUUCUUAUUUCUGAGGUGUCUCGCAUUUAAAUUAAAAUGUUAAAAUGAAAAUCAGUUCAAUGAUGGAAAAGGCUUUACAAACACUUGAAAAAGAAAUCUAGCGCUAGGUCAACUAAUAUCUUUUGGGGUUGUUUUUUUCCCCCCCCUUCGAAAAAAUCUCAUUGUAGUUGUGGUAACCACGGCAACUGCUUCUACAGCUUUGUUUGUUGACCUCAGUUCCCAAAAAAACAAACAAAAAAAAACACAAAACGGAAAUCCAUCUCUCAAUUGAACAUGUUGAAACUAACUUUUAACAGUACUGUACUAAAAAUGAAAAUAAAAGCUGGUCAAAACUG